AUGCUCACUUCUAUCAGGAGUUUGCUCGCAGUGAGGGAGCUGGAACUGGCGUCGCUCACAUUCCCAUCCGUCUCCGAGCUCGUGCGGCUCCUCAUAUCUGUCCCCACGCUUUCUGCCCUCCACUGUACCAAUAUUAAAUUCAAAGGAAAAGAUGUUCAACCAGACCUUGUCAAAUGUCGUCUGGACAGGCUACCGGAGAUCAGCUCGUUGACUAUCGUGGACACCCACUUCUCGUUAGCUCAAACACUCAUUCCUCGAUACUGUCGUUCUCUUCAAUCGCUCUGUCUGGGUAUCAGCAACACCGGAAAAAAUAUUAACCAGGGUACCGCGCUGCGCAGACAUGCCGACCACAACCAAGAAGCAAGCUCUCCCGCCGACAUAGUCACACCUCCUACCACAGAUCAAUUACGAGCCCUCAUCACUAGUGCCACCCUCGUGCGCGACCUCACAUUAAGGAUAGUCGUACAUGGAAGCACCCUCGACUUGGUCCUGAACAUCGUCAGUAACGUGUUACAAGCCCUUCGACUACCCUUGCUACACAACUUCGAGCUGGAGAUCCACUGCGACAGCUCAGCCGAGCUCGCGUUGGCCACGCGUACCAAGUCAGUCGAGGGGAUCUGCAACGCGAUCGACGAGCUCCUGCUCUCGCACAAUUUCGGCCUCGUCCACGUCUCUAUCCACUCCCGGAGGCAGCGCAUCAAACUGCUCAGACCCCAGUUCGAGCGGCUGUUCCCCUGCCUGCACACGCGCAGGAUACUGCAAGUCAGCACGCACAGCAUGACAGGACACGCCGAAAGUGUGGGACACGACCUCACAGUCGACGCCCUCGCCGUAUCCCCCAACGGCCGCUUCCUCGCCACGGGCUCGCCUGACGGCACCCUCGUCAUCUGGGCCGCCCACCCGCUCUACUCCAGCCCCCGCCCCGCCCAAGAAUGGCUUGUCGGCAACGCGCACCACACCGCCCGCGCGCUCUCCUUCUCCCCCGACAGCCGCCGCCUCGCCAUAUGCGCCGGCUCCGUCUGCCGCACCAUCGUCUGGGCACCGCACCCGCAGCAAAACAAGAACGGCAGCGGCAGCAGCAGGAGCGCGCGGUGGCUCCUCCACCCCGACGCGCAUGCGACGCUGCAGGUGUGGGACCCAGCGGCGGGCGCGCGGCUGCUCGUGCUCGGGCGCGGGGGGUACGUCCCGACGGUGUGCAUGGCGGACGGCGCGUACGUGAUGGACGACAACUUCACGUCCUUCGCGCACCCCGCGUGCGAUGCGGUCCACCUGUACCGCCAGCACGCAAGCGCGGGAGACGAGCCUUGGCGGGCGACGCAUGGGGUCGCGCACGGGGCGGUGUCCGUGUCCGUGCCUGCGCGGCGUGAAAGCGGACGGGGAGGCGAGAGCGAGAGCGCUCCGCGGCGCUUGAUCGCGGCGAAGUGCGUCUCGCCCGAUGGCCAGUACGCCGCGUACGCGUCGGGCAACUACAGUGCGGUGCGCAUGGUACGGCUGGUGGACAGGGUGUGCGUGCGCGAGCUGGACGUGCAUCACGCGGAAGUGACGCUCCUGGCCUUCGCUGUACUGCGCGAUGAUCGCGGGAUGGAGAAGGAAGGGCUGGUGUCGACGGCGAGGGACGGGGCGGUCUGUUUCACGGCGUUGCAGCUCGACUAG